UACCCGCAGCCGCCCGGCUUCACCGUCAACGGCAUGCUGGGCGCCGCGCAGCCCGCCCUGCACCACCACGGCCUGCGCGACGCCCACGACGAGGCUCCCGGGCCGCCCGCGCCGCCUCACCACGGUGCCGAGCACCCGCACGGGCCGCACCCCGCGGGCGGAGGAGGGCCGGGGGCCGGCGGAGCGGCGGCGGCGGGAGGGCCGCACCACGAGGCGCACUCGGACGAGGACACGCCGACCUCGGACGACCUGGAGCAGUUCGCCAAGCAGUUCAAGCAACGGCGGAUAAAGCUGGGAUUUACCCAAGCGGACGUGGGGCUGGCGCUGGGCACGCUGUACGGCAACGUCUUCUCGCAGACCACCAUCUGCCGCUUCGAGGCCCUGCAGCUCAGCUUCAAGAACAUGUGCAAGCUGAAGCCUUUGUUGAACAAGUGGUUGGAGGAGGCGGACUCCUCCUCGGGCAGCCCCACCAGCAUAGACAAGAUCGCGGCGCAGGGCCGCAAGCGGAAAAAGCGCACCUCCAUCGAGGUGAGCGUCAAGGGCGCGCUGGAGAGCCACUUCCUCAAGUGCCCCAAGCCCUCGGCGCAGGAGAUCACCUCGCUGGCGGACAGCCUUCAGUUGGAGAAGGAGGUGGUGAGAGUGUGGUUUUGUAACAGGAGACAGAAGGAGAAGCGCAUGACGCCGCCCGGGGGGACGCUGCCGGGCGCCGAGGACGUGUACGGGCCCAGCAGGGACACGCCGCCGCACCAUGGGGUGCAGACCCCCGUGCAGUGA